AUCACGUAUCCAAGACACCCAUAGACCGUUUCUUUUCCUCGGUCUUGCGGGCUCGGGUGAAGUUUGUAUCCCGUACUGAGCACUCGUUCAUUGGAACGUGGAGCACAGCUAGGGAGCUCUCAGAUGAGAUUCAGCCAGCCCUGUUAAGCUUUCCGAGCUCGAUUAUGGGGGUUCUGGGGGAGCUACUAUUUUUGGUGUUCUUCUACGUGGACUGUUGUACCUUCUACGACCAGGUCACCAGGCCAUUUGUUACGUAGCAUCGACACGUUGGGCUCUGUGAUGGAAUGGUAUGUAAUCGAAUAUGCCUCAUUCGAGCAUGUAUACUGGCAAUGCAUCAUGCGAGAAAUACCUAUAUAUACCAGGUGAAACCGGCACCCCAGUCGAUACCUUCAUCCUUCUCGUCUCAAACCACCACAGUACAAUAGCAACCAACACUCCCCAGCAACGCACCACAUUUCACUCACAGCCAGACAAAUCUACCAUUUUCGCCAUCUGUCUCGCGCAGCCAUUUUCCAUCCUCCGUCACAAUGCAGGUUAAGACAGCAGUUCUCGCCUCCAUCCCGGCGCUGGCCCUCGCCGCCCCGACCGGCUCGUCCGGCCAAAACCCAGCUCCCGAUCUAUACUUCCCAGCCGUGUACGGUCUGAUCGUCGGUACCGACGUGCAGCCCUUCCACUUCGAAUCCUUCAACGCCAACAGCGGCAAGUUCUGGCUCAACCUGCCGGAGACCUCAACUUCGUGCCCUUUCACUGGCACCGACCAAGCGUCCAAUUGCCCACCAGGCACUGACACGGCAUUUGUGGGCAGCGGCAGCCUCGCCACCGUUGUUCCCGGCGGACAGCAAGUCUACGUCGCACCCAACGGUGCUCUGUCGUUCACGGCCGCGCACUCAGGCGCCAUGCCCGAGGGCUCGGUCGUCGACCCAUUCAUCUUCGUCAACGUUGGCGGAGAGUACGGCGAGGUGACGACCAGCGCAUUCGGUGCUGAUGGGUUCAUGGCCUGCCCUACACACGGAAGCAUCGCGUACCAGGUCUUUGCCAACUUCGAUGGGGCUCAGGUUCCUCUAGGCAAUGUCCAGGACUGUGUGGCCGUCACACCGCUAGCUGUUCCUUAUACUCAGGGCCAAGCUGCUGCUUGGCAGUAUAACUGAGGCUGCGGAUGGAGUUGAAGGCCACACGGCGGCAUUCGAUAUUAAAGCGUAUUGGGUUGCAUUGCAGAAGUGAUGGGAAUGUUUGACUGCUUUUGGUUUGAGUGUUUUUGAAAUUGCAUAGCGGAUGGCGAGAGGGG